AUGGAGAUGAUAGUAGGCGCCAUAGUUAACCGGAUGGUGGGUGAACUGGCAGAGGGCGCCAUAAUCUAUGUGGAUUCACAGGCAACGAAAGACACGACACUUACUGCAUGGUCGAAAUUACAUUCAAAAAAUCAAGAUGCUCGACAAUAUCUUUACCAUGAUGUUCCACAACACUUUGUUUUUGAACGCAAUGGAACAUGGAGGCGUCGACUACAAGGUGAAAACAUCAUCGGUAGAAUGUACUCCGUCAGUCCUAGUGAUGUAGAACGCCACCAUCUUCGAUUAUUACUGUUACAUACUCCUGGUGCCUGUAGUUUUGAUGAUCUCAAAACAGUAGACGGCCAAGUCUGUCAAACAUUUAUGGAAGUUGCUGAAAGACGAGGCCUAUUACAUGAUGAUACUGAAUAUGAAAGAUGUAUGGCUGAAGCGGUUAUCUUCCAGAUGGCACAACAACUAAGAACACUUUUCUGUGUGAUACUUCUAUACUGUAAUCCAACAAAACCGAUAGAUCUCUGGAAUUCGUUUAAAGCACAUAUGGCCGAGGACUUCAUCGAUGCCGAAACAGCAGAAGCAAUGGCAUUUUAUAUGCUCGAUGAAAAGCUGAAAGAACAAGGUCGAAGUUGCAGUGAUUUUGGUAUACCAUCACCAACAUCUGUUCCUUAUUCAUUUGAAUCAAAAAGUAUCAGGAAGGAAGAAGAACUUCGAAUAGGACAAGAAAGUAUGAAGUUGACAAUAGUUGGAUAG